AUGGCUCACAAUUGUUAUUUCAGCUCAGAAUGGGAAAGAUUAUUUACAAGAAGUAAUUAUUAUAAGAAAUUACGAGACCAGGCCAUGGAUGGAAAUUUACGAUCCAGUAGAUUUCGCUCUGUUUGUUGGAAGUUAUUUUUAAAAGUAUUACCUGAUGAUAAAGAGAAAUGGAUAGAAUCAAGUCAAAUGUGGAGACAACAAUAUGAGGACUUGAAAAAUAAGGUUUGUAGUGUUGAGAGAUUUACAUACCUUUUUCAUCUAUUGUCACCAUAUCCAAAUAAUAUAGGUAAUUGUAGUCCAUGGAAUAAAUUUUUUCAAGAUAAUGAGUUACGAUUAACAAUAAAACAAGAUGUCAUCAGAACUUUUCCUGAGUUAGAAUUUUUUAAAUGUGAAAAAUUACGAGAAAUGAUGCUUGAUAUUUUGUUUUGUUAUAGUCGAACACAUGAAAAUAUUUCUUAUAAACAGGGAAUGCAUGAAUUACUGGCACCAUUGAUAUUUGUCUUACAUUGUGAUCAUCAAGCCUUUCAACAUGCUUGUGAAAUAGAGAGUAUAGAAGAAGUGAUAAAAGAAGUCAUGAAUCCAACAUUUUUAGAACAUGAUGCUUAUGCAAUAUUUUGCCAAGUUUUACAAACUGUUGAACCAUGGUAUAUGUCUCGAGAUUUUGUUCUUACUCAGAGGGGAAAAGACUUCCUCAAUGCUCAACCAUUCGCCAAAUGUCAGGAUUUAAAUCCUUCUAAUGUUAUAGUUAAUAAAUUAACCCGAAUACAGGAUUAUAUUUUAAAACGUCAUGAUUCAGAAUUACAUUUACAUUUAGAGAGACUUGAAAUAGCUCCACAGAUCUAUGGCAUACGCUGGGUAAGAUUAUUAUUUGGUAGAGAAUUUCCAAUGCAAGAUUUAUUGAUGUUAUGGGAUGCUAUAUUUGCUGAUUCUAUUGGUUUUGAUUUAGUAGACUAUAUAUUUGUUGCUAUGUUACUCUAUAUUAGAGAUUUAUUGCUAUCCAGUGAUUAUGCGACAUGUUUAAGUAUAUUAAUGAAGUUUCCACCAGUACCGGAUGUCCAGUACUUUAUUACUAAAUCAUUAUACCUUAGAGAACCAAAUCAAUACCCAAGACCACCAAACUAUACAUACCAAACAGUUAAUAAUAUGCAUAGUAAAGCUAGACAAUUAAAAGGUUUGUACAUAUUUUCUCAAUAUUUUAUGUUUGGAGUUUUUAAUUUUAAGGAAUUUGACUGUUUUCUAUGGUUAUUGGACAUUAAGCCAAGGUGA